CUGGCAAUAGUGUCGUAAAAAUAGGGAUUACAAUGCUUCAUGAACUUUGACUUUCGGUCAAAAAUAUGCAGCUUGCAAGUAUUUUCAAACACUGUAUUUUUCAAGAAUAACAACGGGUUGAGACUUGUUUGCCCGGAUUCAAGGUAUGGUUUGAUGAUGGCUUCUUGGCAACCAGUAAGCAAUAUUAAAGACUUCAUGUCCCAGAACCCACCGGCUGUGACAUUUUUCCUGUGUCUCCUGACACUGGCAAUCUCGUUCAUCUGCCUCGGAUCAUAUAGCAUUAAUCACACACUGCCCAAUCCUGACACAACAAAAGACUGGAACCAUCUCCUUUCUACCUUAGCACAUUUCCACCUGUGUGCAAGAAAAAACUGGAGUUCAGAUGUGCCAGUGUCCCGAGGCCCACCUUCUCUUACAGAACAGGGAACAGAUGGAACUAUUUCACCUGAUUUAACGUCACAUACGACCACUUUGCAUCUUGCGGUUCCUCUCGCUAUCACAACAAACCACGACCUUCCGAAAAAUGUUGACCUUUUUACAACCUUCACAGCCAGUCAGUUGCAUCUUGAGGGUAAUGAGAUUGUGAAUGUAGACAUCCACUCUGUAAAUGAUACCUACAGCUGCCUGACUAUAAGAGCGCCAAUAGCACUUUUUCCAAUGAGUCGACUUCCCCCAGUGUGUCAUGCACCUGGCAACAACCGUUCACUUGUCCACGUGGAGGCAACUGACCCACAACUUCCAGCAUCCCAAGCCUGCUAUAGUCUUGUCUUCAGAAAUGACCCCACUCUUACUGUCAUGCUGACAAAGGAGGAGCAAUGGGUGGCAGUGAGACAUCUAAUAGAAGUUAGUGUAUGUUUGAUAGGAGUUUGUUUAAUACUUUGCUUAGCCGCAAGCCUGACACAUUCAAUGAUUCAGAACUACCACAGGAAGGGACUGGAUCUUCAAAAUGUAAAUGAACCUUUGCUUGACACAUAACAUUUAUUGAAAGGAAUGUUGGAAGAUCUGAGCCAAAGUUGUGAGGGGGGAAAAAGAUUCUUCUCUACAUAACCAGUUUUUUGUUCACUAUUAUCCAGAGUCUCAGGUGUUUGCAUUGUGUAACUUUAUGCCAGUUGUAAAGUAAAGCUGUAAAAGGUAUGUUGAGUUGUAGUUAAUAUACAGUGUAUCACAAAAAUGAGUACACCCCUCGCAUUUCUGCAGAUAUUUAGGUAUCUUAUCAUGGGACAACACUGACAAAAUGACACUUUGACACAAGGCAAGGCAAAUUUAUUUAUAUAUAGCACAAUUCAACAAAAGGCAAUUCAAAGAGUUUUAUAUCACAUGAAGAUCAUAAAAAUCACAUUUAAAUCAAUACAACGUAAAAACCAGGACAAUCAAAAUCGGAAAUAAAAUUAUACAUAAAAAUCGCAUUUAAUAACAAAUAGAAUGAAAAUAAAUAAAAAUAAAACAGAGUUACCACUACUAAUAAUAAUUGAAAUCAGCAAUGGAGAUAAGCACAAGAGGAAUAGAAAGCAAGUAGAUUGAAAUAUAUAGACAGUUAUGGAUAUGCAGUGCUAAACAAAAGCGUUUUUAGCCCUGAUUUAAAGGAGCUAACAGUUUGAGCACACUUCAGACGUUCAGGUAACUUGUUCCAGAGGUGAGGAGCAUAAUAACUACAUGCUGCCUCACCCUGCUUGGUUCUUGUUCUUGGAACAUGCAGAAACCGGUUCCAGGCGACCUUAGGGGUCUAGAUGUCUCAUAGGAAUCCAACAAAUCAAGCAUGUAUUUUGGUCCAAGGCCAUUAAAUGUUUUGUAGACGAGCAGUAGUAUUUUAUAGUCUAUCCUUUGACUCACUGGAAGCCAGUGUAGCGAUUUCAAAACCGGUGUAAUGUGGUCCAGCUUCCUUGUAUUUGUGAGGACUCUGGCUGCAGCAUUCUGUACUAGCUGCAGCUUCCUGACUGAUUUUUUAUCAAGACCCGUAAAUAUUCCGUUGCAAUAGUCCAAUCUGCUGAAAAUGAAAAUGCUCAUGCAUAAGUUUUUCCAUGUCUUGUUGAGUCAGAAGCCCCUGAAUUCUGGUUAUAUUUUUUAGGUGGUAAUAAGCGGAUUUAGUGACGGACUUUAGAUGGCUAUCAAAUUUUAAUGACAAUGAAAAGUAAUCUGUGUGCAGCUUUUAUAAGAGUUAAUUUAUUUUCCCCUCAAAAUAACUCAAAAUAUAGCCAUUAAUAUACAGUUUAAAGUGCCCUCCAUAAUUAUUGGCACCCCUGAAAAAGGUGUGUUUUUUAGCUUCUAAUAUUUUUUUAAAUUCCUUUGGGACCUUAAUGGAAAAAAGAGAAAAAUCCAACCUUCAAUACAAGUGCAUUCAUUCAGUGGGGAAAAAAUCCCACAUAAAGAAAAAAUUAUUUGACAUCAAGUAAUGUGUGUCACAAUUAUUAGCACCCCUGGUGUUAAUACUUUGUACGACCCCCUUUUGCCAACAAAAAAAGGUCUGGGGACUGAGAAGGCCAUGGGAGGAGCUUGAUUUUGUGUCUGGUGAACCAUUUCUGUGUAGGUUUGGCCAUAUGUUUAGGGUCAUUGUCUUGCUGAAAGACCCAGUGACGACCCAUCUUCAGCUUUCGGGCAGAGGGCAACAGAUUUUCAUUUAAAAUGUCCUGGUAUUUCAAAGCAUUCAUGAUGCCAUGCACCCUAACAAGGUUCCCAGGGCCUUUAGAAGCGAAACAGCCCCACAGCAUCACUGACCCACCCCCAUACUUCACAGUGGGUAUGAGGUGCUUUUCAGCAUGCGCAUCUUUCGUGGCACGCCAGACUCACCUAGAGUGUUUGUUGCCAAAAAGCUCAAUCUUGGUCUCAUCUGACCAAAGCACAUGGUCCGAGUUGAAGCCUGGGACCGUGUGUGUUUUUGUGUGUGUUAUAAUCCACUGGCAACAAAAGUGAGUACACCCCUUAGAAACUAAAUGAAUAAAUCUCUAAAUGUCCAAAUUGAGCACUGCUU